GGAAAGAGCAGGAAAGGAGUGUUUACCAGCAGCACUGCCUGCUAUCACGCCAUCUCUAGGGAGAGAGCACAGGGAGUAAACUGGAGAGGAAGAACAGAAGAGAGACGACAGAGAGAGAGAGAGAGAGAGAGAGAUAGAGAGAGAGAGGGAGAGAGAGAGAGUAAAGUGGAGAGGAAGAGCAGAAGAGACGGCAGAACGAGGGGGAAAGUAGAGAGAAAGAAGAGAAGAGAGAGCACGCGGAGUAAAGUGGAGAGCAGAAAAGAGAGGAGAGGAGAUAAAAGAGUUUGAAACAAAUAUAAAGAAGAGGAAAGGAAAAGAGAGGAGAGGAAAGGAGUGGUGAGGACAGGAGAGGAGAGGUGAGGUGAGGGGUCGGGAACUCUUGGAGAGAUCAGUGCAGUGAAGAGUAGAGCUGUUGCGAGGUCACUUGAUGUCGUCUGCUCGUCAUGGACACUGUCGAACACCCGGUAUCCGUGACAACAGCAGAGGUUAAACAACAGCCAGACGAAGACACCAAUGGAAUUGUAACCUCCCUGACUGCCACUGCUGAAGCGGCUACUGCUACUGCUACCACUGCUAUUGAAGCAGCCACUGCUGACACUGCUAUUGAAGUGGUCACAGACACUGCCGCCAUUGGGCCUGACACUACUGCUACUGCCACUGCGAAUGGGACGGGUGUUACAACUGCUGCUGCUGCUUCUGCCACUGUGAAUACCACCUGUUUCGCUACUAUUAUGGCUGCCACUGAGCCUGUCCCUGCAACCAAUGCUCCUGGGGUGGAGGGCCGAGGAUGUGUGGAUGGCAUCACAACCUCUAAGACCCUUACCUCGCCUUUGCCUGCUAACGCUACUGCUGCAACUGCUGCUGUGAUGCUGAGGACAGUCCGUGUUGAUUUGGAUGUCUUAUCCUGCGACACUGUGUCUGCCAUAAGUGCUACUGGGGUGGAGACAGCAGACUUUCUGGAUGGUGUGUUAUCCUCUGAUGUUGUGCCUGUGCCUACUACAAGUGUUACGGUGGACGGCCAAGGCUGUGUGGACUUCAGUCUCUUACCCUGCAAGACUCUGUCUGUGUCUGCUACCAGUGCUACAGGCCCAGUUGGUCAAAAGGGUCUUAGUGGUGGUGUUUUACCCUCUGGCACGGUGCCUGUGUCUGCUGCUACUACCACUGCUGCUGCUAUGGUGUUGGGAACAGGCUGUGUGGAUGAUCUUCUACUCUCUGAGUCUGUGUCAUUGGACAGAAAAGGCAUAGGCACGGCUCCAGGUCACUGUUUAAACUCCCCAGAGGUUACCACUGUUCCUACACCUCCACCUACUACUCAGGAGAUCACUACUCCUCUCACUAUUACUCCCACUACUGCUACCCCUACUCCUACUGGGGAAAGAAGUGGUAUGGACACAGCUGCAGAUGGGAGUAUCACAUGUGACAGUGGCGGUGUGUGUGGGAGCGAGUGUGGCCUUGAGUGUGUGUGUGGGAGUGUGAGUGUGUGUGAUGUGAAGUGUGUAUGUGACGGUGUGAGUGCGGUGGGGAAGCAACAUGUACAUACACACACCUCGCUCUGUACUGCUGUGGACGGCUGCUGUCUUCCGGACCUGCUAAAUGCAAGCACUGCUCUACUGCCCGUGAACACAGAGACGGGAACGGCCAUGGAGGCGGAGAGAGCACUGAGUGUAGCGCUGCGGUCUCUACAACAGGAGAUGAGGGAACGAGGACACACACCCUCACACGACGACCUGGAGACAGUCACCACCAUGAAGGAGCAGGUGGACCGUCUGAGCCAGAGGGAGCAGGAGCUGGAGAGGAGACUGCAGUGUGUGUGUGACGAGAACUCAGAGCUGAAGGAGAACAUCUCUUCACUACACACACAACUGACACUGCAGAAACAGCACAGCCAGCAGCACGCCCAGGAGGUUGCUGAGUCCCGGCGUGAGGUGAGUGUGGCGCGUGAGAGGGUGCAGUACCUGCAGCAGCAAAUAGAGGCGUUAGAGGAAGAGGUGUCGCUACAUGACAGUCGCCAUAGUAACGCAUCACUGCUGUCAGAGCUGGAGCUCAGCCUGGACACCAUCGGACUCGACAGAGAACAGGUGUCAAAGGAUGUGAUGUUGAUUCUGAGGCUGCUGCUUCCUCUCGCACAAGGCUCCCAAGAAUUGACCAUCACACACUCUCUCACACACACACAGAAUCAGGAGCAUCCUGAAACACACAAACAGACACAUACAGAACCUGAGGAGGUCGAUACACUCUCAGACACACAUACACACCCCGACACACAGUCAGAUAUACACACACACUCCGAUACACUCUCAGAUACACACACGCACUCUGAAGAGAUGGAAGUGGGGCAGGGUGACCUGCAAAGCAUGAUGGGACAACUGAAGGACCUGGCAGAAGAGUUGGCCCAGCAGUACACAUCUCAGCAGGUCAGUGGCUCCGUUGCGGGUGUGGGAACAGGCGAGUGUGAGAGCUCAGCACAGAUACAGGAGCUGACAGAACAGGUGUGUGUGUUGCGUGAGGAGAACGGUGUGUUGCGUGUGCAGUCUGAGAGGAGUAGAGUCCAGGAGGAGCAACUACAGCAGGCCAUCAAGGACAGAGACGAUGCCAUCGCAAAGAAGACCUUGAUGGAGGUGGAGUUAGUGCGCUGCAAGAAUGACAUGAUGAGCCUCAACAACCAGCUGUUGGAGGCCAUCCAGAGGAAACUACAGCUCUCACAGGAACUAGAGGCAUGGCAGGAUGAUAUCCAGGUGAUCCUGAAUCAGCAGCUGCGUACUCAGCACCAGUGGGAGCAGAGCCAGAGGAAGCCAGCGGUGGGAGAGGGGGGCGCGGGGUGGGGGGGGAACACCCUCUCUUUCCUGAGGCGCCCCUCGCGACGCAUGUCCACUGCCCCCCCACCCUGCCCCGUCGUCGCCCCCAUCCCCACCGUAUCUGCACCCUUAUCUGCACCGUCUCCAUGGACCGACUGGUUUAAGAGGGGCAAGUGAAGACUUCACAAAUAAUAACAACAGACACAAAUACUCCCACACACUGAGGGCAAAUGAGCCCUCAAACACGAAGUCACAAUAGCAUGCAUAUCGGUCCUGUAUCCAUAGUUUUGCUGUGCAGAGCCUGGCUCAAAAGGGGCAAAUGGGCACCUAAAAAUACCCACCUAGAGUAUUCUGGCGAAGUCACAAAUAGACGGUCAGCGGUAAAAGGAGCUGUUCCUGUUCCCUCUACAGCCUAGCCAUGGAGAGUGUGGAUCAAGCGGGGGAAAUGAACACCAAACAAAUACCCCCCACAUAACAAAACAUCUACAUCUUUUGGGGAUCAACUCCCUCCACUACCCUGACCCUUUAAGAAGACUGACACAAGUAAACAGGGGGCAAGUGUGCGCCACAUGUACGUAUUCUCCAAUGCAGAAUAGCACGCUGUACUAUUUGCCCAUACACACACUAGACAAGCUCCAUAAAAUGCCCGCAUGCGGUUGCAAUGGGCACUCCACGACAACUACUGUACACCAUAUUGCCUUACCGCACAUUCACACACACACACACAUACGCACGCACGCACGCACGCACACACACACACACACACACUACUUGAGCACCACUACCAAGCACAGGAGUCUACACUGCCCCCAACACAAGCACACAGAGCUGUGAUCUCACAGAUCAACACUGCAACACUGUGAAGGAGCUUUGGAACUACAUUGCAUCUGUGAAGGAGGAGGACUUGAUGUUAGCACACUAUUAGAGCUGAGUUCUUGAUGACAAUAGAUGGAAAAGUGAAAGAACAUACAGCACACACAAACACACACACACACAGACACACACACAUACACACAUGACUUGACAACAAACUACUAGAAAGAGCUAUCGCCUUGAUGACAAAAGAAGGACACAUGAAAGAAGUUGUGAAGAACACAAGCAAGAUGACUACAGGGGUCUGUGAAGGAAUCUUAACCUUGUCACGGAUUAGAUAUGAACAAGCUUUUUAUAGAAGGAAAGUGGAAGUCAAGAUGGAGCAGUGCUGAUGAGGAGACUGAACGAGAUGAGAUGCAAUAUUGAUGAAAAAGGACAGCAUGUGAAGAUGCUUCUGUAUGGGACUGAAGGAGCUUUCGAUGUGAAUGAACUUCAUCGAUGACUGUGGAAGUUGUAAAAUGAGCUUUGAUCAGAUGACUUUAGGAGCCAUGGAGGAACAUAAAUGCAGGACUGUGGAAGUGUAGAAGAAACUGAUACAAAAUGACUAGUCGAAAUGUGAAUGAACACAAAAUGGAGAAACUGUUAAGGAUUGUGGAUAGAAGGUAUUGGGAAUUGUGAAGGAACAUAACAAUCUUUGCCAGAUCAAGCGUGAAAGAGAUGAGUUAGAACACAAAGGUGUGAACAAAAACAACAUAACUAUAACACUGUGUAAGAUGUGAAGGAGUGCUGAAGAAAGUUGAGUUUAAACUACUGUAUGUUUGACAAACUAUGUUUGACAGACCUUUGAGACUUUUUUUCUCUUAUCAAAUUAAAGGUUCUGUUUUGUGUAUAAAGUUGUACUUCAUGUAAGAGAUAUGUUUUGUUAGUCAGAGAUUAUCAGUAUUUACACACAUUAACUGCUUUUAUUAUGUUGAUUAAGCUAUUGCUAUUUUAAUUGAAGAUCAAUAAGGGAACCCGUGUGUGACCAGAGAAGGCUACACUGGAUAACUGUUGUACACACACACACACACACAUACACAUUGGCCUAAACACACGCACACACACACAUGCAUGUACGCACCUUCUAACUGCGCUUGACACCUGUUGUAGACGUGACAUUGUAGCGUUCAAUAUGGCCGAGAAAUGCUUUGACUGUUCACAAAUGUGUGCAUAUGCAGCUCCUUACUAUACACUGUGUUCAUGAUGGUGCAGAGAUGACUAAAUCUGCACUGAUUUCAGCCAAUCAGGAUCAAGGAAAUGAGCCAGCAGUUUCAUGCCAGCAGCCCUGCGAUUGUCUGGGCCUGCAACUGUACAGGAAGUCCACCUGUGCCCUGAGAUGCUAGACAUGUUUUGUUUUUGAGAGAGGAAUACAGUACACUACAUACACACACUACAAUCACAGAGGGCACAGGAGGGGAAUGGGUGGAGGGAUGGAUGGAUUGAAGUAUUGAUGGAUGAAUAGAUGGGUAGAUGGAUAGAUAUGUCAUCACAGGUGCUAAAGUACUGUCACAGUAAAUGUCACUCCUGCAACAGUGAAGGCUUUUGAUGUCAGUUCCUGAAGCCGGACGUUGUCUUGCGUUCAUUUCACCUGUCUGUCAGGUGAAUAUCACCUAUUUUUCUCUCAGUGUCUCAGGUGGUACUGUAUCAUUACACAAAGACAUUCACCUUUUAGGUGUUUCUGAUGAUCAUCUUCAGUGUCUCAGGUGUGCCUAACUUGUUUCUUUAACGAGCGGCACUCACUCACCUGAAGCCUCUCUGUUCACCCCAGGAGGCCUUACCUGAUGUCUUAAAUGGCUGAUCCGGUGGCCUGUCCUUAAUCUACCUGAUGCCUUCAGUGGUUUAUCAAGGUAAACAGGCCAAUAGACAGCAUUGGUGGCAUCCAUGCCAUUCCAGUCAUGUCUAGUUGAUAUAUAUAUACAUUUCAACCCAUGCUGAUCAAAGUUCAACUUAAGCUUGUUUGUUUUUUUCUAUGUCAGUGAACACCUAUGUGUAUGUCACUGUACUGUGUAUCUUAACAGAAAAUGGCAAAUUCUGUAAAUGUGUAAUGAAGGUUAAUAUGACUGAAUACAUAUAGAACUUAUGUGUAGUUGUAUGUCUGUAGUAUUUCGAUCCUGUCUAUGAAGGGGGACGUCUGUAUAUUGUACUGUUCAUGAAAACACACAUGGUCACCUCAGAUUGUAAAAUAAAAACAAGUCAAUUUUGU